GUGUGUGUGUGUGUGAGAGAGAGCUCAGGCGAGCUGCAUCGUGCCUGCGUCAUCCGGCCCCUUCAUUCAUGAAAAGUGUGACGUCAGCAGCAGCCCCAGCGCAACUAACGCCCAGUCAGCUGCUGGGGCUGCAGAGAGCUCCAUCUCUCUCUCUUUUUCUUUCUCGCUCCGCUGACUGAUUCUGCUGUGUCUUUGCCGGAGGACGAUCUGUCAGCUGCGUGUCCUAAACUUGAACAGAAGUUGUCAGUAAAGCCUUGUCGCACGCUUCCUGCGAGUCGGGCAUCUGCCCAUGCACACGCACGGCACCAUGGGUAGCUCCCCGGAGGUGCUGUCCUGGACUUCCUGUCCCAGCCUGCUGGUGGGGAAGCUGAAAGAGGAGCUCAAGCUCACUGUCGGGGAUACCAUGAAGAAAACCAAUAGCAACGUUUCUCCCCAAGCCCUGCCCCCUCCUCCUCCCCCACCACAGAUCAUCACAGACUUGGCUCCGCCCACCACUCUUCCGAUUCCGCUGCAGCAGCUGCAGCUCCCUUGCAAGGACGACGAGCUCUGUGGCACCAGUCCUCCGUGCACCGCCCUGAGCGAGGACUCCACCAGGGAACAAGGACAGUUCGAAAACAGCGUACUACAGCUCCAGGAGCACGAGGAGACCGAGUCGCCCGGCUCCUGUGGUCAGGGAGGGUGCGGUAGCAAUGGCGAGGAGAAAAACGAAGAGGGCGGAUGUCCGAUGGACCACAACUGCGAUGACACGCACCACCAUCCUCACGAUGACAUUAAACUGCACUUUCAUAGAGCCGGGAAUGGGGGCUUCCUCGAGGGGCUGUUCGGAUGCUUGAGGCCAGUGUGGAAUAUCAUCGGAAAGACGUAUUCGACCGAGUACAAACUGCAGCAGCAAGAAAUGUGGGAGGUGCCCUUCGAGGAGAUCUCUGAACUGCAGUGGCUAGGGAGCGGCGCUCAAGGAGCAGUGUUCCUCGGGAAGUUUCACGAUGAAGAAGUAGCAAUUAAAAAAGUCAGAGAGCAAAAAGAAACCGAUAUUAAACACCUUCGCAAGCUGAAGCACCCAAACAUCAUCAGCUUCAAGGGUGUAUGCACACAGGCCCCGUGUUACUGCAUUAUUAUGGAGUACUGCGCACAGGGACAGCUAUAUGAGGUCCUCCGGGCGGGACGCAAGAUCUCACCCCAGUUGCUGGUGGACUGGGCUUCAGGGAUCGCCAGCGGCAUGAACUACCUGCAUCUCCACAAGAUCAUCCACAGAGACCUCAAAUCACCAAAUGUGUUAGUUACUCAAUGCGACACGGUGAAGAUCUCAGACUUUGGUACAUCUAAAGAGCUUAGUGACAAGAGCACAAAGAUGUCGUUUGCGGGCACCGUGGCCUGGAUGGCACCGGAAGUCAUCCGCAAUGAGCCUGUGUCGGAGAAAGUAGACAUCUGGUCUUUUGGGGUUGUGUUAUGGGAACUCCUGACAGGUGAGAUUCCCUAUAAGGAUGUGGAUUCAUCUGCCAUUAUUUGGGGUGUUGGGAGUAACAGCCUACACCUGCCUGUACCUUCCACCUGUCCUGACGGUUUCAAAAUACUCAUGAAACAAACCUGGCAGGGUAAGCCCAGGAACCGUCCGUCCUUUAGGCAGAUUCUUCUACACCUGGAUAUCGCCUCUGCCGAUGUGCUCGGGACACCACAAGAAACCUACUUUAAAUCUCAGAGUGAAUGGAGAGAGGAAGUGAAAAAACAUUUUGAGAAGAUUAAGAGUGAAGGAACCUGCAUCCAUCGACUGGAUGAGGAACUGAUUCGGCGUAGACGAGAUGAGCUCCGACAUGCUCUGGACAUUCGUGAGCAUUAUGAGAGGAAACUGGAGAGAGCCAAUAACUUGUACAUGGAGCUCAGUGCCAUUAUGCUUCAGCUGGAGGUGCGAGAGAAAGAGCUGCUCAAGAGAGAGCAGGCGGUGGAGAAAAAGUAUCCUGGCUCAUACAAACGCCACCUGGUUCGGCCCAUCGUCCGGCCCAACGCUGUCGAGAAGCUCAUUAAGAAAAAGAGUACCAUCAACCACAAACCUGGAACACAGACAUCUAAGAGGCCGGAUCUGCUGCGCUCCGAUGGCAUUCCCAGCGUAGAGCCGCUUUCCGCUCCUUCUCCACUGUCAGGAAGUCCAAAAGUCUCCACGCCUCCUGGAAAGAACCGUUACCGCAGUAAACCCCGUCAUCGUAGAGCAAACAGCAAGGGCAGCCACAGCGACUUCCCCGGUGCUCUGAAACCCAAUACCGGCCCAGAAGAGCAACAACCCCUGCAAGAACAAAACUAUCACCACCACCAUCCUGCGGGACCCCCGCUUCCAGUACAGAACAGGGUGAACGCCGUGGUCAACUGCGCCAACAACCUGCGGUACUUCGGCCCGGCCGCCGCCCUCCGCAGCCCGCAAACCGACCACCUCCAACGGAGACUUUCCGGCUCCAGCCCAGAUCUUAUCUCCACCGCUGUGGACGCUGAUUUACGGCACCGAAGGUCCUCCGUACCCCCCGCCGCGGGCUCCGGGCCGGGACCACUGUGUCCCUGCUGCCAGGCGCAUCCUUUUCCCGGCUGCAUGCACUGCCAGGAGACACCCGCUGCCCCCAGCCACCCCCAACUCCCUCACUACUCACUGCUGAGCACGUGUGAGGGGACGCCGCCCAUUGUCAAAAAACCGCUGGGAACCACAUCUGAUGUCCAGGGAAAUGAUGAACGGCCGGAUCAGGGAUCUCCACGAGGAAGCUUGCUGCACACGCUCAGACCCCUUAGGAACGGGAGGGAUGAGUCCUCUGAGGAAGAGGAGGGUGAGGUUGACAGUGAAGUGGAGUUUCCACGGAGACAAAGGCCUCAUCGUUGCAUGAAGAGUUUUCAGUCGUACUCCACCUUCAGUUCUGAGAAUUUGUCGGUGUCGGACGGUGAGGAGGGGAACACCAGCGAUCACUCGCACAGCGGACCGCUGGAGCAGUUGAGCGGCAGUCAGGAGGAACAUCUGGAUGAGCUCCUGUCUCACACCCCUGAGAUCCCCAUCGAUAUUUCCAUGCAGUCUGAUGGUCUGUCUGAUAAAGAGUGUGCCGUGCGGCGGGUGAAGACUCAGAUCUCGCUGGGGAAACUGUGUGCUGAUGAGCACAGCUAUGAGAAUCCACUUCAGUUUGGAGAUUCAGACUGUGAUACCUCAGAUGCAGAAUGCUCUGACGCCACCAUCAGGAACAAACAGCCCUGUGCACCCUCAUCCUGGUGAGCUCCAAACCCGCCCUCACGGUGGAGCCUUUGGAAGAAAACACGGCAAUAAUCGGAGCCUGCUAUAAACAGCCAUGUCCCUUGACCCAUAUUGUCUUGAACCAGGAACCGGAGCCACCCAUAAUCCUCCUCCUCCCUCCCUCCCUCUCUGAGCGAGCAACCUCAGGCAGAUUCUUCUGAAGUGAAAAUGUAGCUAGUGUGACGUGCAUCAUUUAUUUUAUUAUGAGCUAACGCAGACAAAUUCAGGAACGGAAAGUGUGGAGUAUUAGCACUGAAGUGUUCCCAACAAUGAACUCUAUACAAGUUUAGUUUAGCAGUCGUGUUAGUUAGAUAGCAGUGGUCUGUAAGAAUACUGUAUAUUUGUGAAGGAUGUUUUUGGGACGUCUUACUGUAAAUGACUCCGGCUGGUCAGCUGUGUCCGCUGGCAACUACCUGCUACUUCCUGAGUUUACAGAAAUUGCGCCCUAUGCCCUACUGAGGGCAACUUUUGCUUAAGCACCAGCAGGAGCUAAAUCCCUCCUCAUUACUGACUUCCAAAACAUUGGAAUAUAUUUUCCAGCAUUCCUGCUUGGUCCACAUAUAAUGAGCCAAUCAGACUGCUGCUGCGGACAACAGGACGCCAGUGAAAUAUUAUAACGGCUGCUGACACAGAACAACGUCUUCAAUGAACAAAUCAGUGUUAAAACUGGACCGAACCAAAGCAGCGUUUCUCUCGUCUCAGGACUGCGUCUGAAGAGAUGCUGUGGACGGCCAGAGGAAUGAAAGGUUGUUUCAACGGUGCAAAAGUGUGACGCUAAACGUUUCUCGCUUAUGUCACAUUUAUCAUGACACGAAAGCCAACGAUGUAGAUAUUCUGGAGAUGCAGUGUCCCGAGUCAGGAAAAUUACUGUACUAUUCCUUUAAUCAAUGCUUGUUUAAUGUGGAUUAGUUGUGUGUGUAUAUAUGGUUAGGAUUAAUGGAGACGAGUCAGAAGCACAGAUCUUGUGGUUUAGUUUAAGUGCGGUGAAUGAAUCAGCAAUAACACAGGUUAUGUGCUCAGGCUUUGAGAAUCGCUCGCUCAGGUCGACUGUCUAGCAGGCUGGACAGAUUUACUGCUGCGGUAAACGUUGGAAUCAAAAAAUGAUCUCUAUUUUUACAGGUUUGUGUUAAUUAUUUUCACACGUUGUUUUUUUUUUAGGAAAAUAGCUAAAUGAAAGUAACAGAUUAAAAUAAUUGUGUGUAUUUUGCUGGUUUAAUGCUCAGGUUAAAUGCUUUAUAGUGCACACGAGUCUCCACUAAAACAUGCCGUCUGUUUAUUUUGAACGUUUAGGAUCAGCUUCAGAUUAUUUUGGCCAAAUGCUCACUGCAAAUUUUUGUGACAAAAGCAUUUAAAUUGGCGAGAGAAUCUCUUUAAUUAUUUUUAUAUAGAAAAUGCAUACAUGGAUAAAGGCAUCUGUUAAAGGGGACAUAUCAUGAAAAUCAGAUUUUUUCCAUGUUCAAGUGCAUCAACCUAGAAAACGUGAAAAAAAUAGGUCAUUGAUAUUUGGCUCUGCUUAUGAUGUCAUAAGGAGAUCUUAUUAUAAUAAUACCGCCCAUUAAAAUAUACACUAUCCACCCACAGCACUGCUAUUUAGUGCAGAGAGAGAGAGAAAAUAAUUCACAGCACAAUUGAGUUUCAAUUUCAACAAACCGCCGUUAUGGUGAUCAGUGUUUGCAUUAUCAGCUCAUUUGCAUUUGAACCCUUGUGCCUUGUUCCAAUUCACUACCCUUUUGUGUUCUUGGCGGCCAAAAAUGGCCACUAAAUUAAACGGCUGUAAAAAUAUCAAAAGUAUCAGAUUAAUAUUUUUUCACUUUUUUUGCAUAAAUCUGUUAAUCAACCUCAGUACUGAUCAAAACUACCGAAUGUUUCCAAAAAUGUCAUGAUUUUUACUCUUUCAUUGCCAAGCUCAUAAGUGAUGCCACUGAUUUGAGAAAAAAAACACACAAAAUCACUGCUUUUCAAUAUAAAAAGUGAUUGUGAACUAGAUUUUUUUUCACCCUUUUCACAGUCUUGAGCAUGCCAAAGAUUAGUAAAACCAUUGGCUUUGAUGCAUUUUUAGUUUGUGUGCAGCAUCAGAUUACAUUUUUUUCUCCCUCAUUUAUGGUUUGUGGCCAUUUUUUCCCCAUUGACUUCCAUUAUAACAACAUUUUUUGAUUGCAGAGCUAUGACACCUUAUUAUCAUGCAUUUUUUAUUCUUUGUGGUUUUACCUUUUGCAAAGAGGUAAAAUUUGUCAUUUUUACUGUUGAACUAUUGCACUAUUAACCCUUUAUAUUGAAAAUCUGUCAUUUUGUGUGUUUGUUUCCCAAAUCAGUGACACCACUUAUAAACUUGGCAAUGAAAGAGUUAAAAUCAUGGAAUUUGUUUAAACAUUUGGUAGUUUUGAUCAGUUCUGAGGUUGAUUAACAAAUUUAUGCAAAAAAUUUGGGGAAAAAAUCAUCUGAUACAUUUUUACAACUGUUUAAUUAAGUGGCACACGUAAGGGUAGUAAAUUUGCCCACGGUAUAUUGUUAAGUUUUUGAAAAAUUUCAAAGCAUUUUCUUAAAAUAUGUGUAAAUAUAAGAUUUGUCACCAAAAAUCAUUACAUUUGGUGAAGCACAGAAAAAGCUGUGGCCAAAUUAAGACAAAAAAAUAACAAAAAUUGCCCCAAUAACACAUAAGGGUUAAAGGACACACCCAAAAACGGCACAUUUUUGCUCACACCUACAAAGUGUCAAUUUUAACAUGUUAUAAUAAAUAAUCUGUGGGGUAUUUUGAGCUAAAACCUCACAUAUGUACUCUGAGGACACCAGAGAUUUAUUUUGACACCUCAUAAAAUCUCAUAUGUCCCCUUUAAAUAAAUAAUAAUUGUAAAUGUAAAUAACUGUAGUGAUGUUGCGUCCCUAAACAUGGAUGCUAACAGUUUAAUAAAAAUUUGACAAAAGUGACUUUAGCAAGCAGGAUUGUGUUAUCAUUCCGUUUAUUUACAGUAGUUAACCACCGAUGUUAAAGGGUUUGUGUUAAAUCUAGUGAAUGUGAAUAGUGUCACAUUCUCCGUUGUGAGCGUCUUGUCAAAGGGACACUGCAUCUUCUGGUAUGUCUAAUGUUGAAGUCCUGUGUUUUUAGAUUUAGAUGUUAUUAGCGGUAGAUAAAAUGCCUCGUUCAUCAUGGUAAGGUACUUCACUUGAACAGUAAACGGCAUGAGAAAUGAACUGUGAAUUGUAUUAUUUUUUUGCAGCUUAUCUAAAGUACAGUAAGCUCAUAAGUACUGUAAUACUCGGUAGACUUAUACGAUUAAAUUACAGUAUGAUUGAAUUUGCGAGAGCUGCUGCGCAUUGCAGCAAAUGAACAAAGCAAACUGAACAAACUGAAAGUUGACACAAUUGACCCCGUUUACUUUCUUUAAAUGUGUUUUUGGUGUUCUAGUGCACGAUUUACCUGUACUCAUUUUUUAACUUUGGAAAUGUGUUGGUUAUCGUUUGUCGAAAUGCAAUAACGUGCUUCUCCACGUUUUACUCUGAAAUAAUGGUAAAAUGGGUUGCAAACUCAUUGGUUUCAUGUUAACUUGACCAUGCAGCCAUUAUUAUUGUUGUUAUUAUUGUAGUACAACAUAUUUAGUUUAAUUCUGGGUUUAAAUAGUAAUGAAGGCAAACCGCAUACACUCAGCAGACUCAAUGUUUCCAUUAAUGUGUUUUGGUAAAAAACUAUGAAGGGUUUCCACUGAAUUCUGAUGUUUUUUUUUUUUGGCCACAGCGCCAUUUUGAAUCUUGUAAAUUAUGAUUUUAAUUUAAUUUAAAAGACGUUUUUCUGUUCGUAGCUGGUCUACAUGAUUAUUCAUUUAAUUUAUUUUGAAGCACUAGUAAUUCUUUUCAUUUCUGUUCUGUCUCUUGUGUAUUUAAUGCCUGUCUGUCUGAUGAAGUAUUACAGAUGAAUGUUCAGCUCUUCCUAAAGUCGUUCUUCAUCGUUCUGUAUGCUGACGAAACACAAAAAACAAUAAAAUCUCCUGCAAUGACAGUUCAUAGUGAGCAUAGCCGUCAAGCUCCAAGAUGAAGAUCCUUAUAAAAGUAUUGUGGCAGUAGUGUACACUAUUCCAGCUAGUAUACUUUAAAGUCUUGCAUUUUACUA